AUGUCCGAAUCAAAGAUUGAUGAUCUUGGCAAGGUGGAACAUAUCGAACACGGAAAAGCUUGUACGCUGAUUAAGGAUGAACCCGACGCUGCGAUUCAAGAGUUCAGGGCUCGCGAGGAGUCCAUGAGCACUUGGCAAGCAGUCAAGUCCUACAAGCGCAUUUUCAUCUAUGCCAUCGUUCCUUUUCUUUGUGGAAUGGCCUACGGGUAUGAUACAGUUGCAAGCAGUGCCACUGUGGCUAUGCCCGCGUUUCUCAUGUCCUUUGGAGCCGUGAAUCCAGUGACACACUCUCUUUAUGCUCCUUCAAUCUGGAGUGCAUUGUGGACGGCCAUGUCAAAUCUCGGACAAGCGAUCGGUGCAUUUUCCAUUGGACCUUUGGCAGAGCAGAUUGGGCGGCGCUAUGCGAUCGUGUCAUGCGCUUUACUUUCAUGUGCCGGCGUGGCUGUACAAUUCACUUCCACAACCAGAUGGUCUCUUCUCAUUGGAAAGAUUCUCAACGGGGUUUGUAUUGGUGGUAUUAUGGCCUGCGGAACAACUUAUGCAGCCGAUAUUGCACCCCUCAAACUGCGUGGGCCUAUACUGCAAGGACUGGUCCUUUUCACUGUCGCUAUGCAAGGGACAGCUCUUGGGAUCAUCCGGGCGAUGGUUCCCAACAAAGCGCCUGUGGCCUGGAAAAUUGUCUUUGCCAUUCAAUGGCCUGUGGCCGUCUUGCUAUUCCUAGCCCUAUUGAUACCGGAAUCCCCGACAUGGCUUCUUUCACAGGGCAAAGUGGAUGCUACUCGUGCUUCACUUGUGAGACUGUAUGGUCAAAAUAAUUCGAUUGAACUUCGACUCCAAUCACUACAGAUGACUCUUGCGGCGGAAGCGUCGACUCAGAGCCAGCAAAAAGCAUCAUUCAUUGAAUGCUUCCGAGCCCGCAACUUGAAGCGUACACUAACUGUAUGCUUGAUGAUGUUUGGCACUGGCCUCUUAGGUGUAGCAUUUUUGAACCAAAACACCUACAUUCUUUUAACAUUAGGUCUCCCCUCUGCCCAUGCUUAUGAUGUCGGCGUUGGGGGUUUCUUCCUUGCUUGUGUGGUGAUUAUUGUCUCCUGGCUUUUCACCGACCGCAUUGGCCAUCGCCGCUUGUGGUUAAUCGGCGUCGGUGGCAAUGUUUUAGGAAUGGCGACUGUUGGGGGAUUGGCCUUUGUGAACAAUCAAGCUGGUCUUUGGGCAAUCGCUGUUGUGAUGAAUCUCCUUAUUCCAUGGCAGAUCUACACUUGUACUGGGAUGGCCUGGACAAUGACGCCCGAAAUCGCUUCAUCCCGCCUUCGCCAGCAUACCCAAUCUAUCGGUUUCCUAGUCCAGGCUGUAUCCAGCUGGCUGUUUCAUAUGAUUGUGCCAUAUAUUUAUAACACUGACGCGGGCGACCUAGGUGCCAAGACUGGAUUCGUGUUCGCCGGCCUCAGCGCGCUUUUGCUGGGUGCGUCGUGGUUUGUGGUUCCUGAAACUGCCGGUCGAUCUGUCGAGGAGAUAGACGCAGCUUACGAACAAGGAAUUUCCCCCCGAAAGUUUCAUACGAUAUAA